UUGUUCAGUUUUCUGAUUUCUCCACACAGUCUAUGCUUAUAAAAUUUUCUCUGUAUGUUUUCUGGAGCUGAUUUCUUUGGAACUCAACAUUUAACUUCAGUGAACAUUAGUCGCGUACCUCAACUGGAGCUGCCUGCGUCGUUUAAAAUUUAUUAUUUCCAUUAAAGUCUUAUUCUUUCAACUAUAGUUUUAUUAAAAAAUCUUCAAGAAUCUAUUAUGGAAGCCAGACAGCGUGUGUGCAUUAUCGGAUCCGGAAAUUGGGGAUCGGCAAUUGCUAAAAUUGUUGGAGAGAAUGCGAGAAAUUUAGAUACUUUCGAAGAUGAAGUUACCAUGUAUGUUUUCGAAGAAAUGGUUAACGGUAGAAAAUUAACAGAAAUUAUUAAUGAAACACAUGAAAAUGUAAAAUAUCUUCCAGGUCACAAAAUUCCUCAUAAUGUAAUCGCUAUUCCAGAUGUCGUAGAAGCUGCGAAAAAUGCCGAUAUUCUUAUUUUUGUUGUACCACAUCAAUUUAUUCGUAAAAUAUGUGGUUCACUUUUAGGGAAUAUUAAAUCCACUGCAGUUGGUUUAUCUCUUAUUAAAGGUUUCGAUCAAAAAGAAGGUGGAGGAAUUGAAUUAAUUUCUCACAUAAUCUCUCAGGAAUUAAAUAUUCCUGUAUCGGUUUUAAUGGGAGCAAAUCUUGCAUCUGAAGUUGCCGAUGAAAUGUUUUGUGAAACUACAAUAGGAUGUAAAGAUAAAAAUCUUGGUCCUAUUUUAAGGGAUAUAAUUCAAACCUCAUAUUUCAGAGUUGUAGUCGUAGAAGAUGUUAACUCUGUUGAAUGUUGUGGAGCCUUAAAAAAUAUAGUGGCUUGUGGAGCUGGUUUUGUCGAUGGUUUGGGUUUAGGCGAUAACACAAAAGCCGCUGUUAUCAGACUAGGACUAAUGGAAAUGAUAAAAUUCGUCGAUGUUUUCUUCCCAGGAGGAAAAUUAUCAACAUUUUUUGAAAGCUGUGGAGUAGCUGAUCUUAUCACCACAUGUUAUGGUGGAAGAAAUCGUAAGGUUUCAGAAGCCUUUGUUAAAACUGGAAAGUCCAUCAAAGUCCUGGAGAAGGAAAUGUUGAAUGGUCAAAAAUUGCAAGGACCUUUCACGGCAGAGGAAGUGAAUUAUAUGUUAAAAGCAAGAAAUAUGGAAGAACGAUUUCCACUUUUUACUGCGAUUCACAAAAUUUGCACGGAAGUUCUGAAGCCAACGGAUCUUAUCCAAUGCAUUCGAAACCAUCCAGAACACAUGGAUGACGACGACGACAAAUUCCAGGAUCAAGCUACUUCUCCACGAUGUCAUCUAUGAAGAAUAUUUGCUCAGAAAAAGAAAUAAGUCUUUGGAAUAAACUCAAACGUAUUACAUUCUUGAUAAAUGUAAUACACCAAAGGACUCGAGUUGCGUUCCAUUUGAGGAGAAAAAUUAGAUUGAAAAAGGAUUUUUUUAUAAUAUAAUAUAAAUAGAAUCAGUCAUUUUUUAAUUGUUUCCAAAGGAUUUCUGCGAAUAAAUAUUCAAAUUUGUUUAAUUGAAAAAAUUUUAUAUAUGCAAUUUUGCAACAUUUUGCAAAUUUAAAUUUAAUAAUUUGUAUGAAAAUAAGACAAUCUGGGCCCUUUCUCUCAAGCGGAACGCAAUUCGAGUUUAACCAAAUACACAGAUAAUAAUUUUCUUUUUAAAUUUUAUAUUUGAAUUAUGAGAAUAUUUUAGAAUUAUUACUGCGUUGAUAGUUAAAUCUGGAAAAUGAUUUUUUUUAUUAAUAAUAACUUGUACACCGCCAACAGUCAUAUAAUAUUGAAAAAUACUAGUCGAAUUCAGGUUUACUAAAGAAAGAAGAUUUUUAAUGUUCAUAAUUUGAACAAACGAUGCCAUAAAAUCUAGUGAAAAAAAAUCACUGAGCAUAUUUUAACUUUGUUUUUUACUUUUUUAUACACAAAUACAAAACAACAGAAAUUUAACUAGAAACUGAGAUUUUUAAGAAACGUUAUUGCUUCGAAACUUUAUUUUAAUUUAAUUUUUGUUGAAUCGUUUACAGGGAAACUAAACAAAAGUCAAUUUAAUUGUAAAUUUUCCAAUUUAUUUUUAACUUUUAAUUACUAAAUCAACACACUGACAGAAUUAUUAUGAAUUAUAUAAUAGAAAUUAUCAUUACACAUCACAAUUAUUUGAAAUCACAUUUAGAUAGUUGAAAUUAUGGAAUCGGAGUGUAAAUAUAAUUAGAAAUGUUAAUUAAUAAAUUGUAUGUUUCGUUGCAGAAAUAAUGUUAAAUUU